CGUCUCAACAAUGGCGCCACACAUCUCGAUCCGCGAGUUCAUUCGCAUGCCAUCCACCUCCGCAGCAGAGGAACCGACUUCAACACUUGUCCUCACUUCAAGUGCAAACCGCUUCGUCGACAUCCGAGUCUUGAAAAAUGGGCGAGAACCCGUUUCCGAUGUCGCCAAAGAUGCAGCAAUCCUCCCCCUCUCCCACCUCGACUGGGCCUUUGCAGGAACAUCCUCAUCUCAAAUAACGCACCACGUCCAAGAUGGUUCUCCACUCUUCAAAUCCACCUGGAAACACUGGAUUGAUUCUCGCACUACAGAAGCAGAGAAUGUAGUUGAUGAAGGAUUCAUGUUUCCUGGAUCUGAUAAAGAAGAAACUGGUCGCACGCUGGAAAAGGGGACGAUGAUGAAUUCGCAGACGGGGAAAAUGGAAGACUAUGAGGAGAUGUGGAGGGAUGUGUCUGAAGAGGGGGAGAAGGGAGAAGGGGAAGAGAAGAAGGAAAAGGAAAAGAUGAGAGGAAUGGUAAUUCGACUGGGACAGUUUUGUCAAGGGUUGAUGAGAAUUGGGGAAGAGAUUACGUUGGAGAGGUGGGAGUGGACGGCAAAGGAGAAUUGGAAGCGGAGUUUCCGCAUGGGAGAUUUUUUCUUGCCGUGUGGUGUGGCUAUGGAAUUUGACCGGUUGCAAUUGGGCGGUAAGAUUACGCAUGGAGGUUUGACGUGGGAUGUGGUGGAGUUGGAAGAGAACUAGGUGAUGGGAAAUGAUGCGAAUCGAGAACUUGCUUGAACGGAGAUUCUCCAAACAUACAGUAUGAUGAUCGUGUAGCAUCAAUCAUCAAGUCGUACGUACAUUCAUCGCCCAAAUCUCCUCGGAGAUGGCCCCACACCCAACACGCUUUCAUCGCCCAAGAAGUUCGGCGCAAGACCUGCAUCGGUGGAGCCUUGCGCAGUCUGCCGUGCUCUACGUCGCCUACCAGAUUCCCUGUCGCCUCUCCGUCCCAGGGUGGCGUCUCCAAACGCACUCAUCACGACAUUCGCCGCAUUCGUGACGAAAUUGUCAUUCAGCCCAGCUUCAUCAUUGUCCAGUCCCCAUGCUGCGAUGUUAGCCUCCCGAUGACGAUCCCGGGGCCGCCCAGCUUCCUCUCCGUCCUCAGGGUUGAGAAUGAGUCCCAGUUGUAGUCGGCGUGCUAGAUCAGCGUCAAGACGUUCUUGUCUUCGGCGUUGCGCGAGCUCUUCGUCGUACGUCGAAACAGGCCGAGCGCGAGCAUGCGGUGUUGGUGGUGGUGGUGCUGCUGCUGCGGCAUUUGGUGGUGGUACUGGUAUACCAGCAGCGUCCAUGACCCUCUGAUAUACGACUCGAACCUCCUCUGGCACACGCAUGUUGGUCAAACGAUCCGGAUCGGGUAAGUCCCGAUAGUUGAACCAAGGGCAUUCACAGCUUUUCCAUUUACUCCCGCAAAUCAUGCAGAACUCUGCGAGACAGCGACAAGUCAUGUGAUUGCAACCUUCUUUCAGCUCCACCAUUGCAUGACAGCUGUAGCACGUCUGCCAUCCUUUCUCCUUGGCUUGGGCAACAAGCUUGGCAAUCUCGGGAUCUUGGGGGCAGUCGGACGAUUUGUGCAGUUUCCCGUUGCAUAAUGUGCACACCUUGGUGCUACAACGAGGACACUGUGCGUACUUGCGUCCUUUGGACGAGGAAAUGUGAGAUGGUUUGAUCCACUCACCACACUUUGGGGUGGGACAAUAAAUUCGGUUUUUGGUAUGAUAUUCUUGGUAUUUGCGAUUCCAGAGAACCUUGAACUUGAGGUCGAAGAGUUUCUCCACGUGCUUCAGAGGAAUGUGGUCUUUUGUACAACAGCGCGGUGGCAUAUGGGCAGGAUCAGUCACGGACAUCUCGAAUAUACGCUUGAGACAGUCGUGACACAUGCGGUGAGUGCAGCUUAGUUUGGCGGUUUGCGUGGAGGGUAUGUCGUCCGAGCCGCAGGUCAAGCACUCUACUAGUCGGGGAGGACGCGUUGGUAUGGCCGCAGUGGAGUGGCGUCGAAGAAGGGAAUCAAAGAUGGACGACGAUCUUCUCUGCUGCCUGGAUGGCUUGGGAGGACUCUUUUGCUCAUCUGCUUGUUCAGAGACAGUUGCAAGCCUCGCAGCCCCCAGAUUCCGCUGAGCAGACGAGCGGGAGAUGUUUGACUUUGUCCUUUGCGGAGCAGGAUUCAGACCUACUUGGGAUAUGCUAUCGUUGGGGGUGAGCUCAUCGUCCACAAUCGACGGGACCUCACGCGCACUCGUGGAAGUCGUGUGCUUCGACUUCCGCUGCACACCAGCGCUUCGUCUUGCUGACCCUGCCUCUUGCGGUGUGAGCGCCGCAUCGUAGACAUAGCCGUCUGCAUCUGCGUUGUGGCUGUCUGGCUUGUGGCCACUACUGCUUGUUCGCUUCCGUCUCUUCUUCUGCUCGCUGGACCUUGACUUGGGCACUGUCGUUGUCUCUGUCCUCCUUUUGCUCUUCGAUGAUGGCCUCACUCCCAACAGCGGCGUGGCUCGUCGCCGCUCGAUGGCCGGUUCGCUAUAAUAUGCUGCUCGCUUUUGCCGCACCUCUUCGACAUCGGGCGUCGUUGCCACGUCUCCAGCUUCCUUUGACUCUUUUGUCUUCGUCGACGGCCUCGAGCGUACUAGCCGGGCUGGUCGAGUGCCGUGCUGAGUCCGCCCAUGGACGCUUGCCGGCGCCAUGUCUGCGGUGAUGGGGACAUGCUUC